AUGAUGGUCUCUUUGCGAUAUAUGAAGACAAUCACAAAUAUUGUACGUAACUUUUCAUUAUCAUGCUGUAUACAUGAAUCAACAUCGACAAAAGUCGAUUCUCAUCGAAUAGAAAAAGCGAUCAACAAUAAAAUAUCGCCAAGUUCAAAUUCAAUUCCAUACAGUUUUGAUGAAUGUCAGAGGCGAGUAGAGGAAAUAAAACGAGAUGGAGAGACACGUUUUCCUGCCGGCGAAAUUGCGAUAGUUCGUCAUUAUUCAUUGGGGAAAAAGAAACGACCGGUGCUGAUUCUGUCCUCAUUUAAUCAUAAUCAAAAUCCGAAUGCAACACUAUUGAUUGUACCAUUUACAACUAAGUAUCCAAAUUCUGCUAUAUAUCAAUGGAAAAUAUUUUCUGAAGAAACAUGCCAUCGUUCUGUCGUUGAAAAGAAUUCAAUUCUCAUAUUUGACUAUUCGACUUUAGUAGAAUAUGAAGAACUUGAAACAACACUCGAUUCACUCAAACGUGGUCCGUUUAUGACAACAAUUCAAUGGUGGAAACAGACUGUUAAUUCAAUCUUACCGUGA